AAAAAAGCAACUUUGAAAUUUGUUGAAGAAAAAAAAAAACAGGGACUAAUCAUUUGGUAUGUUAAAGCACUUUUAAACAAAUUUGAAACUGAAUGCUUAAAUCAUAUCAAGGUAAGAAUAGGCCUAACACGUUCGUUAUAAUUGAUUGAAUUUGAACAUGCAAGAAAACUUCGACAGACAGUUGAACUCAGUUGAGACAGUGACAGUGAAGUUUGAAGUCACAAUAAAUUCAAUAAAUAUAAUUAUAAUGAUAUUCAUUGUGUAGAUAAUAAUUAUUAUAGACAAUUAUAGAGUGUAGACUAAAAAAAAUAUAGAUCUAGUCUGCCAUUAGUAUUACUAUUACUAUUCGUAUUAGCCUUUGUGUUUAUUAAAUUAAAUUACUAAUAUUUCAAAAUAUUUGUGUAUCAUUAUUUAACUGAAAAAAUGAAUGUAAAUGUGUUAUAUUUCUCAGGUUGACCUAUAACUUAUUUAUAGAUUAUAGAUAGUAAAAGCCAGUAGAGGGUCCCAAUAAUAAGAAUAAGAAUAAGAAAUGAACAGAAAAAGAGGAAGAAAGAGUAAUGUUACAACAGAGUUAACUCAACCAAGCCCAGGCCCAAGGUAGGGUAUAUAAUAUAAUAUUUACAUUUAAAUUAUAUUUUCUGCACUACCAAUUUUAUGGAUUAUUGACAACACCACCUCUCUCCAAAAAAAGGAAAAACCCUAUACUAUUUUAAUUUUAGUUAUUUAGUUAAAAAGUGGAAAAAAAACACUGGCUAAAAUGCAGUUGACAGCAGAGCUGGUGAUGUCUUCCAAGGUGUAUAGGUCACGGAGAUUUCCCAGGUCAACUACUUGAUAUAUAAGUCACGGAGGUUUCCCAGGUCAACUACGGGCAACUAGUUCUGUUUUUCAAAAUUUAGCUCUAUUUUUUUUAUUUCAUAUUUUUUUUCCUCAUUUUAUAAUUUUUGUUUUGAAAGAGUGGGUUCUCUGGGUCUCCCCUCUCCAGAGAUUAUGUUGAAAUGUUUUGUAAAAUUGCGACAUUAUAGAAAUGAAUAGCAUACAGUACUUCAUUUUGAAUCAAUUAAAAAAUAGCACUUUUAACCAUGCACACAUUUUUUUUUCCCGGUGUUUUACUUGGGGUAUCAAUAGGGAUGAGUUUCUGUUUUUAUUUCUUUUGAGCCUUGUAAGUUGACUUUCAAUACAAAUUGAAGAGAAAAUUCCAUUUUAAUUUAUUUAAUUUUAACUGUUUGGAUCGUCAGAUUAUGUUUUUGAUGUGAAUAAUGCUCAGUGAAGAAAGGGAAAGUUAUCAUUCUCAUCGUUCAGGUCCAAUCGUUGGUCCAGUCACCUUAAGUCAAGCUGUGGGAUUCCUCAAAGUGACGUCAUUGCGCUAAGGGUGAGACAGCUCUUAGCGAAACCCAUGCCUUUAACAGCACAUUUACCCAAACAUUUUGUGUAAAAUUGGGAGAAAUAUCUACAGAGAAAUCCUGACCUUUAUAUUUUAUCUGGACAACUAUCUCUCAGACAGAUAACAUUCCUUCACUAUCAGUUUUCCUAAUCCAAAAGAGCAGUUUAUGAAUGUUUUACUAUUUGUUUAUAUUAUCAGGAAAGUGUAGAAGUACAUUAAAACUAAAAGCUUUGAAUCAGGAAAAAAAAGGCUUUUAAAAAACAUGAGAUACAGUAGUGUUCUCAACAGGAAUAACUUUUUAUAAAUGGCAAUAGCAAUCACAGUAGCAGGGUAAAAAAAAAAAGUUUGAGUAAUAUCUUUUAUUUAUUCAUAACAUUAUAAAAUUUGGUACAUCCUUCAAACGGUUUAUCUCAUUUUAUACCCUUUUUUUUUGCAAUGAGAUAGAGCUGCAUUUCAGUUCCAUUGGUCAACUAAUUAUGGGAAUAUGAUAGCUUCUUGUAUAUUGGAGAAAGGAACAACAAGGCUCCUUGAAAACUUAAUAGAUAAAAUUGUCAGCAGAGCCAAGGCAAUUGACCAUAUUUCAACUCUUAUGUACAAAGGGAAGUUGGUUAAAAUUAUCUUCAAGGAAACCGUAAACAAGUCAAGUUAAACAAAAGCUUUUAUAAAUUUAAUAUUUCCUCAUCAUACUUAGGGAUAUCAUGUGGCAGAUAUUGGCUAUUUAUAGGGGACAGUUCACAAAAGUACAUUUAACUGAAGACAUACCAAUGUAUUUAAAUCAAAACAUCUUGCAAAAUACAAAGAGAACUUGUAUUGUCAAUUUGUACCUUAAGAAUAUCUGUACUAAAGGGCAUUGUGCAUUUACAGUGGAAACUCCAUUCUGCUUCAAAUUACAUAUUAGUUUGCAUAAUUCCAAAUUCUAAAUGAAAUAGCCUCUCAUUGUUUGUUUCUUCAAUGCCCGCAAAAAUAUUUUUGAAAUAUGCAUUAAAGUUUUAAUAAUGAUUCUGAUAUAACAUCCCCUUAAUACAUGGACAAAUUUCUUCAUCCGAUUUAUUAAAAGAUAAAAACAAAGCUUCACUGAACUUCAUUAGAAUUAUAAAUUAAAUAUGGUGUUCUUUGUUUUUUAUCUUUACCAUACUACAUAUUUUUUUUAAUAAAUCUACAGAAUGCCACAGUUAAAUGGGCAAGAAUGUUUUUUCACUGAGGCAACCUUCAGGCGUGUCAUGGGACCAGAGCUUUCAUUUGAGCAAAAAAUUUUGUCACAGAUCAGACGCAUUGCAGAAGAGAAAGCAAAAAAACAAAAGGGUAAAAAGAAGCCUAUAGAUUUGGACAAACCAAAUGAGCUUGAUACAGAACAAGAUGCACCUAUCCAAAGAGAAAAAACUUUGCACUCUAGGGACAGAACCUUGCAAGCAAGGGACUCAACUUUUGACCUACUUCCUGACCAGUGCUUAGAACUAUCGAUGUGCACCCGGCUCGAUGAAAAAAAGGCUUCCAGAAGAGAGCCAGACACUAAUAAAAUAACAUCAAAAGCUGACCGGUCAGACUGUUUCAAAAGUAAUGAGUCAGGCUGUGACGAUUUAAAAAGCAUGGUAGUCAUUGAUGUUGCUGCCCCUAGUGAGAACGUCGUGCAAGCUUGCACAAAAUCUAUCGCAAUAGUCCCAGGACUUGCAGAAGCAGCAGAUGCCAAAAUACUUGAUCACAGCAAUGACCUAGAUCUCGUUCAGCAAUCAUCGACACCAGUUUUAAUUGAGCUGAAUACCAAAAUGAGUCUGAAUCCUGGAAGUGAUUUAAUUUUGCCUUCUCAAAACAUUGAUUUUACACCCAAUACUAAAACAUCUCCUGCUCCUGAAGAGAAAAUUCGGUCUGAGGGCAGUCAUUUGAAUAAAGAAGAAGUACUGUGUCUUGUUAUGCCAUCCCUUUCUGAUGAGGACGAUGAGUUAGAGGUGGACACAGUCUUUAAAGCCAAUCCAGUUCUUUCAGUUUCCAUUCCUAUUUCUUGUAGCACUGAAAGUUCACUUGGCUGUGUUAAGACAUACGCGAUGAACUCUGGAGUGGCGCUCUCAUAUAAAGAAAACACUGAAGUGUGGCUCUCAUCUAAAGAAAACACUGAAGUGAGGCUCUCAUCUAAAGAAAAUACUGAAACAACAGUACUCUUAAGGGAAACCAAUGUGGGCUUUGCCCUAACAGAAAACACUAUAAAAAAUAAUCAAAAAAUCCCACAAAAAUGUCAAGACUCUCAGGGUAACCAGUACACACCAUGGGACAGUGGUCAGUGCAUGGAGGGCAGUGUCAUCCAGCAG